GGUAACAGACGAUCUCAAUGGAGUUAUAGUUGCUGCUGUUCUGAUCCCAACACUUGUAAUUCUGAUUGCUAUUUGUAUCUUUGUUUGGCUACGUAAACGCCACGAGAGGCGAAUGCGUUUUAUGGAAAGAGAAAUGGCAAUAGCUUUUGGCAUCGGAAGCAGAAGCAAUCCUGAACGCUUGUAAGUAUUUGAACAUAUAAAAUUAUUAGAUUUUUUAACUGAGAAAUUUACAUUCAGCUGCUUCGAUUUACAAUUCUUCGAACAACAUAAUAGUCUAUGACAAUUUUACAGUAGGUUUGAAAACUAAUUGCACGUCAUCGCAAAAGUGCCGGGAGAAAAUUGAACUAAGAGAUGAAUAAAAUUAUUUUGCACCAUGCUUAAUUAUCAAGAUGAUUGCAUAAUGUCUAUCUGGCUGAAACAUACAAAUGUCGCGUUGCUACAAAUCAGUUCAGUUCUAUCACCUUUGUCGACUUAUUAUUGUGUUAAAAUAAGCAAAUAAAUUGUUUUGUUCGUACAAUUCAUAGUUUUAAUAAUUAAAUACUGUAGGCAAUAAGGAUGAAAUAGGCAUGGUCGCUUUAAUACUAAAUUAAUACGCAUGUAUAGCCGACUGUAAAAACAGAUUGGUUGAAAUGACCAAUUUAAAAUUGGUUGUCUCAGAUGCAUCUCUCUUUGACCAAUUUUGUUUGGUCAAAACAACCAUAAUAUAGGUUGUUUUAACCAUUUGUUUUAACCAAUAAAAAUUGGUUAAAUUAAUGCGUCUGCAUGAAACAACCAAUUUAAAUUGGUCAUUUCAACCAAUUUGGUUUUACAUGGAACACUAUAUGUUUAUACCAAUGCAGAUUUAACACAAAAAUACUCCGUUGGUCUGCAGGAAAUUUUUGAUUCCAGGUUGUGCUCCCAGGAAGACAACUUUUUUUCUUGAUUGCUUUAGAUUAAUAGCUAUAAACAUGGUAAAAUCUACCUUGCAAUUUCAACUUUCGCUAACAAAAACAUAUUGAAAAGGUUCUUUAACCAAAGUAGUCUUCGCAUAGACUGUCUCCCCCCGGGGUGGAAGGAUAACAGUCUGCGACCAUUUGUCACUAAUGCCUGUACAGUGACGUAGUCGUAUAAAUAGAUAUAAUAUUGUGCACUUCAGCACUUUAGUGGCUUCCUAAUUUUAUUAUCCAAUCAGGUGCGUUACUUUAAAUAGAACUUUAUAUUAUGUAAACAAGGUCAAUAGACAAUAGACAAGGUCAAGCAAAACAAUACAACGAAAUCGUAACAUAUUAAACUCGCAAAAAAAUAUGCCAGAUUUGUAAAUUCUACCAAAUUUAUUCAUCCCAAAAAGUUAAAUGCUCUUUUGUGUGGAAAUGUCUGCCCAACAGCAACCAGAAACUUUAUGUAAUCGGUAAAACCGGUAUACUCGUCUCGAAAUUAGCUAAGCAAAUUUAUGCAAGUAUAAUUUUGAAACAAACCAAUGAAAAACUGCCGAUCAUAUCUCGCCGGUAGCUGUACGGCAUUAGCAUCGAAUGACAGCAGACUGUAAUCCCGUGGGGGAGCGGGAUGCAGUCUACGAGCAGACUAUAACCACAGCAGUUGCUCCUUUUAUCUAUUUUAAGUACAUUUUUCUUCGUUUUGAAUAGUUUGAAAGACUGUUGGACCAGGUUCGUAGGGCAAAAAAAAAUGUGCAUUGCCCGUGGGCGAUACGGGAAAAUCCUGCCUCGUCAGUAACAAGUCAAAUUGCGCUAUUCAUCAAACAAAUACUUGCCAUAUAAUAAAUAAUGUUUAAUUUAGUGGUAAUAAUUAAAAUCCGGCAAGCACUCUAAUUUCUGUAUUUUUUGUGUUAGUAUUGACCAGGAUAUGCUGGAAGAUGACAACAGUGAAAAAGUAGUGAAUUUAAUAUAUGUUCCCCAAGAUUAUGUUUACGAGAUACCAGGAUAUAUAAUGGAAAAAGUAGGUUCUUUUGAGAUGCCUGCUGGUUCAAUACGAUUUGGUGGUACCAUCGGUAGAGGAGAAUUUGGCAAAGUAUAUGCUGGUGAAGCCCAAGGAGUCAAUAGAAAUCCCGAAUGGACAACCGUUGCAAUCAAAACACUCACAGGUUAA